AUGCUUCCGCCCUGGCUACUUGCUGCGUGCGCCGUGCCGAUUGUGCUGGUAUUGUACAAAUCCAUAAACGACGGCAUGUUCACUGGAUCCACGGCUGUCGAUGAGCUGCGAUCUUACUUGGAGAAGCUCGAGGCAGCGAAUGACAUGGCCGAAGUGUUCUUGAAUCGGAUGUGGGACCGUGCACUCGAAGCACCGAUUGAAGCAACCGCGGGCCGCACGAACUUCACCGUGAUCACAGUAGACACCGACAAGCCAAGUGACUUUGCAAUGCUGGGUCCUGGAAAUGUCGCUGUAAUCAAUGUGGGCGCCGGCCAGAUGUGGAAUUCCUGGUAUGACAAGCCCCGCCUCUACCAGAAGUAUCUGAAGAAGUUCGCUGUUGACUUUCCCGAUCGCAUCGUGAUUCUCGCUGAUGGCUACGAUACAAUUUUCGGCGGCUGCUCUGAGGAUCAGCUGCUGGAAUCUUUCCGGAAGAUUCGCGAUGUCAGCCAGGCAAAAGUGGUGUGGGGUGCUGAAAACUGCUGCUUUCCAUGGAGCGACACCUGCAACUGGUACGGAAACUUCACUCAACGGCAAGCUUCUUCACUUCAGGUUUUCGGCAUGACAGAAUCGUAUGGAAUCUACGGAGACUGCAGGCGAUGCCGGGACCUGGAAAUCCCAGGAUAUGACUCCUUCUGCUCAUCGCCACCGGCAUACCAGCACUUGAACAGCGGCUUUCUGAUGGGAGAGGCCUCGCAUGUGCUUUCCGCUGUGAACCUUUGGGUCAAGCUGUACAACAACUUCAACGAGACUGACCCAGAUCAGCUGGUGGCCAGCGAGGCCUUGUUCAAUCAGCCGGACUUGAUGACUUUGGACUACUCUGGACGGCUGGUAUUGACGAUCGGCAACAUAGUCGAAACAUCAAUUCCACGACUGCUGAGUAUCAGGAACGGAACACUCUACAACCAUGUAACGGAGGCUCCACAGUGCUUCGUUCAUGGAGCUGGGCCAGGCAAAGUCUUCCUGGCCCACGUCCUAAAGAUGCUGCAGAGCAGGGUAGACUAG